UCGCGGGCGCCAGUGAGAGGUAGACGUGUACUGCUCUUCCCGCGCGGCCGUCGCCCCGUCUGCGCGCACUAGAUACCUUCUCCCGUCUCGUGGCCCCAGAAUUUUCUCCUUUUUUUUUUACAUAUAUAUAUAUUUUAUAGUGUGUUAAUGAACAGUUUUAACCGGUGGUGAAAGACUCAAAAUGUGUAACCGCCGGAGGUGUAGAUAAAAGACCUUAAACUGGUAGCCUCAACGCUGAUAUAUUUUCGCCUUUGCGAGUUCGACCUUCCUCAAAACUUUGUACUUCGGAGCCUCAACCACAUCAUUAAUUCUCCUCGGAACGGACCUCAACAAACUAGAAAUAGAUGAAGAUUAAUAUGUAUCUUUCUCCGAGCUGAAAUUUGUUGUCUUGAAGGAGUAUCGGUGAACAUCGGCAUUGUUCACAAUAAUCUUCCCUGAUGUUAGCGCUGGAAACCCCCAUGGAUCUCUUUCACCAGCAACACCAGCAGCUGGCGGAGCUGGGUCGAAAACAGCUGGAGCAGAUCCUGCAGCAGCUGCAGGAGCAGCUGCAGGUGAACCUUAUACAGCAGACGCAGCUUAUGCAGACGCCCGACAAGAGUAAGGUGUCUGGACCGCUAGCACAACUGGGAGCGCAGCAGCAGCAGCUAGUGCAGCAGCUGCAGGCCGUGCAGAGGCAGUACCUCCUGCAGACCGGCCUGCACCCGGGCCUUCACCACCAUAAUGGAGAAACGCGUUCCCCGCCCGGCGCCCCCGCGGACACCAGCUCCUGGAAGGACAGAAGCGAGAGGUCCGAAACCCCGUCCCCGCACCACCACAACAACAACAACAACAACAAUAACAACAACAACAACGACCGGGACCAGAAACCCAUGCCGCCGCCGCCUUCCGCCAAUGGGCGGGAGAUGAACGGCUUGGGCAGCGAGGAGGAGGAGAUCAGCAGUCGACGGGGUCACCCUCUCUAUGGCCACGGUGUCUGCAAGUGGCCGGGCUGUGAAGCCAUCUGUGACGACAUUCACUCCUUCCAUAAGCACCUAAAUACGGAACACACGUUAGACGACCGGUCGACAGCCCAAGCGAGAGUGCAGAUGCAAGUAGUGAGCCAAUUGGAGCGACAACUUACCAAGGAGAGAGAUCGACUGCAGGCCAUGAUGAACCAUUUACAUAUGAACAAGCAGCAGCAGCAACAGCAGCAGCAGCAGCAACAGCAACAACAACAAUCUCACCAUCCUCCACCACGGGUUUCUUCGCCAGAACCUCCCCCACCUCAACCAAAACCCCUUAUCGAACCUCCCUCACAGUAUCCUUCUCGUUCACAGAGUCCUGGUGGGAUAUUACCUAAGCUGCCGAUGAGUGCCGGAUUGCUAGGGGGUGGUGUAUUGGGAGGCAACCCGCUAGGUCUCCCACACUCACCUAUGGGACAGAUGCCUCCAGUAUCUUUAUUUAGUGCAAUAGGUUCUCGGCCGCCACCUAUACUUCAGCCACCUACUCCAACUAGUUGUGGGCCUCUCCGAAGAAGACUAACGGACAAAGCAGCUCUCCUCACUCCAGGGCCGCUAGAGGACUCCCAAGUGACUAGACGCCGCCUGGCAGACCGUGCUGCUUUAGACGUUACUGAAGAGAUUCAAAGGAACAGAGACUUCUACAAGAACACAGAAGUCCGACCGCCAUUCACGUACGCUUCACUAAUUAGACAGGCUAUCAUAGAAGCUCCAGAUAAGCAGCUGACUCUGAAUGAGAUAUACAAUUGGUUCCAAAAUACCUUCGCUUACUUCAGACGCAAUGCUGCUACAUGGAAGAAUGCGAUCCGCACCAACCUCUCGCUGCACAAGUGCUUUGUGCGCUAUGAGGACGACUUUGGCUCGUUCUGGAUGGUAGACGACGCAGAGUUUGUGAAGCGACGCCACCUGUCUCGCGGCCGCCCCCGGAAAUAUGAACCCAACACCCCACCACCUCACCAAACCCUCCACCCGGGGAUUCCGCCAACCCAAGGGAUCCCCAUGGCCUUCCAUGCGGCAUUCCCGCCCCUGUCAGGGCCGCUCCCGCCCCCACAGGGUGUGGCGAGCAAGAGUCCGACACUAACUGGGAGCCCCACUCUCUACGGCGAGGCCCUUAAUGCUAGCCUUCAGGCUGCCUUGGCAGACUCUAACCUACCAAUGCUGAACACUGCCUUCAGUAUCUCCUCCAGCAUGGACAAGAGUGGCUCUCCCCCUGUCUCCUAUCAUGAGAGUAUGGUACACCAUGAUGAGGGAGACGAACCACCACACAGAGAACGCGAUGAUGAGCAGGACGAACCCUACCCAUCACAGCUUGUCAAGCAGGAGAUGACUGAAGAAGAAACUCCAAUGGAAACCCAAAGGGACUGUGAGGAAGAAGCACAUCCUGCUUCACCUAUGUCACAUUAUCGUCAUUACUCGGGGAUAGAUGAAGACCGACCUCAGUCUCGCAGCCCUGUACCGCCAAGUCCUGUAUCCCAACCUCCUCCACCUCCUGUGUCUCACGCAGUGUCCCAUGUGCCAACAUCACUUGGCCUUCCCCCACCCUUACAGUUACUGCAUGAGGCACACAUGCGACAAGGACCUCCUCUAGAAGGCUAGUGAUGUAGGGAGUGAAAACUGAUCUUUGUAUACCUCCAAGUGAAUUAACGCUUGAAAAAACUUACUUUUCAUACUGCCAUCUUCCUCUGACCAGUCAGCAAGUGGAGGCUGGCUAUAAAAUGAGACGUGCAUCCAGAUAUUGGAUCAUAUUUUAACUGAUAUCUCUUAUUUAGAUACUGUAAUACAUUAUCUGAAUUUCUUAAACGUUGAAGCACUGGCUUGUGCAUGUGACACAGGGAAACCUGUAGGAAAGAAUGGAAGAAUUUGUUAUUUUUGCACUGAUGGAAUUAGACUUUCUAUUAGACUAAUUGUUUCAUAUCAGACUAGUCUUACCUAAGGCACUAUCAUCAGUCAUAUGGCACAAGUGUGUAUAUUCUCGGUGAUGGACAGACAUUGUUUUGUACAGACGGUUUAGACAAGGAUGUGAUCGCUUACUAUAGUAAGUGUAGAGUUACAGGACUACAGUGCAGGCAGAGAUAGUGAUACUCUAGCCUCACUUAGUGUAGCAUAGCCUAAGGCUACAGAUGGUACAGCAGCCACCUGUAUACCAUUCCUAGAUGGGUCUUAAAGAUCCUACUGUGCUUUUCUAGCCCCUGUUCCCUGUCAACCUUAGCCCAGUAGAUAGUUCAUAUGCUUGCUUCUCUGGUAAGCUCAGUCAAGAUAAUGAUUACAAUUCUUGACUGAUUAGGACUAGGCACUGAAUUUUAUGUACUAAUGUAGAGACACCUAUCAAAAAAUGUAAGAAUUUUACAAGUGCCAUAUUGAAUUUUAUGUGAGCUUAUAUUAUUUUAACCAGUGAAAUUUGAUCUCAAUCUAAUAUGAUAGCUCUUCCAUGACAAUAACAUAACCCGAGAAGGGGUGCAAUCAUUGGUGCAUCUCAUAACUCAGCUAAGUUAGUUGUCAAGUUACUGUAUAUUUUCUCCUACAAAUUUGACAAGCUUAGCAAUGAUAUUGCUAAGAUUAUAAGACAUGAGUAAUAUUUUAUUGUACACAUCAUUUGGGAGUGUGCUUUUUCACCUACUGAAGGAUAUAAAAUCAUUUCUGUUCACUUUCAUUGUAAGUGCACAAAUUUUUCCAAUGCAAUAGUCCUGUACCUCAAACAAACCCACCUAUUUACACUAUUUAUUUGUUAUUUAUAUUGUAGAAUAAGUGGGGUUAGGACAGCACAGAAAAGAGAGAUCCUUAGUAGUGUAGAAAUUUAGUAUAAAUUUAGAAUUAAAAAGCCAUCCCAAACCUAGUAAAAUGGGAGAGAUGUGAUUGCUGUUGUAGUCUGAAUUUUGUUGGGGGUUCAGUUCUUAUAAAGAACUACAGUCAUUAAUGUUCAAAAUUUUCAGUAAAACAGCAAGUUAUUUAUUGUUUGCUUUCCAAAAGAGCCAAUAUGUAUAUGACAAAAAAAUUCUUAGAUUUAUUUAAAUUGUCCCAGCUAAUGUAUAAAGCCAAAUUCCAAAAGUGUUUAUGCCCUAAGUAAAUACUGAAUAAAAGGGAAGUUCAUGAAGCUCAGCUGAAGUUUUGGUGUGGACAGCACUUUAGUAUUGUCCCUUUUUAAUUAAUAGUUAUGGUAUGAUGAGGUUUUCAUAAAGUCUCAAGAAAUUAUAAAAAAAAUUGCAAUAACUAGGAUGGUCUCAAAACUUUAUACACCUUCUCCAAAGUACAUUCACUGGGCUUGGUUAGUAGGAACUGCAUAGAAUGGACCACUGUAGUAGAAAGCAUUGUUUAAAAUGCUACUUAUGAUACAUACUCAAGCCUAUGUAUUGCAUUACCAUUGUAGGUUAGCCUUGCUGUGUUAGGAAGUCAGGACUAUGGUGGGGUACUUUCCAUUAUAAUUUGUUCACAUUUAUUUAUCAGUAUUGUUUAUCAUUGUACAUUAAUACUCUCUGUAUGUUUGUUCUGUGUUGUGGAAGUAUCUCCAGAUUUUUUUUGGUUGUAUAUUAACUUCCCAACCAGUAGCUGCAGAAUAGGACCAUAAAUAAAGCCCCAUUGUAGUUCUGUUUCCUAAAUUGCCAUAUGUCCCUGUUGGUUGCAAGUCACAAGGUAGUAGAUGAGCUUCUAGUAGAACAUUCCCUUUGGGCAAGGUGAAGCCCAAUCCCUGAGCAAUAACUGUCUAUUGUAUGACUGUAUUAUCAUGAACAAACAUCCCUCCCUGUCUCCCAUUUGCAAUCUCCAACUGCUGUCACUGACUGACUCUCUGUAAGACAGUUUAUUACGAGUACUUUUGAGGUACUGAAGCUUCUGAAUAUACAUGUGAUCAUGUCCUGAAGCAGAAAAGAUCAUCUUGACUUGCAGAGAAUCAGAUGUGAGCACAGACGAGGCCCAAUAUCCACAGACCACAGUUCAAUUUUGGAAUAUGAUAAAACAUCUAAUUAAAGAAUUAUAUUGGUAAAACUGCUUAUUAUAUAACACAUUAAACCAUAAAAAUUCAGGAAAUGGCUGAAUAUAGCUUUGAUAAAACACACAAGAAUUGAGCAAUUGAAAUUUUAUUAUAAAAGUUUCAAUUGUCCUUAAUUUCCACUUAUCCUUCAAAUCUAAAGAUACUUUUUUUGUGGGGGGGGAAGGGUCUGCUUGCAUUGAGGGCCUCAUGUACAUAGAAUUUCAUGUGUGACAUUCAACUAUUUCAAGUAAUAGGAAGUCGUUCAUACAAGCAAAUGAUUUUAUUAAAAUAAAAAUUUACUUGUUGAACAACUAAGUCUUGAUAUAGUGGUCGUGUAACAGAUAUAAGCCGGGUCAGAGGACUGGUCACGUACAAGUGUACAGAAUUUUUAAGUUACAGGUGUUGCAGCCAAUGUUUUGUUCAUACUGUAAAUUCAACAAGGAUCACACACACACACACACUUAUGUGUGCCAACUCAGUAAUCUUAUACAGAUUUAGUCCAGAGACCUAUAGAAGGAAAAAAUGUCCUCAACUCUAUAUUUAUAUGGCAAGUGCUUUGUAUGCCAGGCAUGUUCAUCAAUGAAGAAAAUGACUGUUUUGAUAUUCACUGCAUAAGUGACACUGUUUGUCAUUUAUAACCUCAUUCCUCACAAUACAAAAAUGCAAGGUCUUCAUUUUUUCAAUGUUUACAUCUUCAAAUCAUGGAGACAAUGUAGUUACAGUUACGAGUUGUGGCGCUGUUUGGCAAUUAAUACAUGGUCAUGUUUUUAAAGCAUCAACCACAGAUUUAAUGUAUAAAGUAUGAAGCCAUUUCAGGUCCCCCAUAGUGUAUUUUUUUGUAAGAUCUGAAUUAAUUGAGACUUUUAUUUAACUUCAAAACUGCCUUUAAUUUAUGAACUCCCAUUUUAAUCAUUAUUGUUCUUUGUCAAAUUGCUUGCCAGUUCCUAAUUGUUAUAUAUUAUGAAAUUAGCAAAAAGGGAGUCACACAUUUUGUCCAUAUAUUUGUAGCAACCAAACUCAACUGGUGCUGCAUGUACAGGAGCUUUAAGUUUGAUGGCAGCAGGAUAAGAUUUUAGCAAAUGUUUUGGUAGCAAAUUUAUUCCCGGAAGACUGGUCUGAUUUUAAAGUUUUCUUGAACAAGUAAGAGCUUUAUUAGGUAACUAAUAAAGCUUUAUUAAAAGCACCAUGCCUCCAGUAAAGUUUUAAAUUAUUUUCUUUCUUUACUAAAAUCCAGAAAUGUGCACCAUUUUUGUUUUAUGUCAAAAUAUUAUGGAUAUUUUUCUUCACAGCUCCUGAAAUACAAAUAGGAAAGCCAAGACCAAUAUGUGAUACUAUAAGUAAUUUUGUCCAAAAGUGUUGGUCUCAGUGGAGUAUCUGUCUGCAAAUGUAGUUUAUUUCAGUGAUAAGUUGAAACACUGUACACCCCACAUGUAAAGCCCUACAGAGCAAGUAAAGUCAUUAGAGUAUUUC